UUUCUCAAACAUCACAACAUAAAAGCAAUCGUGUGACAAUUAGUACAACAAUGAAUGACAAAAGCUGUUCCGUUUCCCGUACAAGUUCAUCGAGUUCGCCACCAAAGACGCCGAAGUACUUCUACCAAUUCCGUUUCAUAGUGAUCGGGGAUUCCAUGGUUGGGAAAUCUUCGAUAAUACGCCAAUUUACAGAAGGAAACUUCAUCGACAUAGCAGAUACUACAGUAGGAGUCGACUUUCAUGCACGCAUUGUGGAACUAAGCGAAGAGGUCAAAGUAAAGAUCCAAGUAUGGGACACGGCUGGUCAGGAGCGCUUUCGUUCAAUCACUUUUUCUUAUUAUCGUGAUGCUGUUGGCUGCCUCAUAAUAUAUGACAUUACAAAGAAAGAUUCCUUUUACAACAUCACCGAAUGGUAUAAAGAAGCGAAGGAGAAUGUUAACGAAGAGGAAUGUGUCUUCAUGUUGAUUGGACACAAAAUAGAUAAGGAAUCGGAAAGAAAAGUCUCAACCGCAGAAGGGGAAAGGUUUGCAGAUGCACAUGACAUGUUUUUUAUUGAAACAUCUGCAAAAAUAUUGUGCAAUGUGGAAGAAGCAUUUAACAUUGUUGCCAAAGAGGUGUAUAAAAGAUUAGUAAGGGGGCAGUUGGAAAUGAAACCUGACUGGGAUGGAAUCAAGACUGUUUCAACACAACCUGCCGAGUUGGUCGGACUUGACAGAAUACCAUCAGUGGACAUGUUGGUUGAGGAAAGACCCAAUAAAAAAUGUUGCUAAGUUUAUAGAAGUUGUUCAUACGGCUGUUUUUAAGUGCAGGUUUCUUAAUGAACGAUUGGUAAAAAUAUUUCAAUAUGAUACAACUGUUUUCAGUAGAUAAUGUAUGUAAAGAUACUCUAUGGAAUUAUUUCCAUUACAGCACAACAAAAAAUA